GGCAGAUGGACGCCAGCCAGCACCCUCGGUCCCAGAUUGUGCUGAAACAAUAACUUUUAAUUACACGGUGAUUGCAUUUUAACAGCUCGCUGUUUGCGUCUCCCGGCUGAUGCUGUGCCAGGAACCGCCGACACAAACUUUGUUUCCACCCGGUUACGGCGGAGGCGCCGGCUAGGAAGCGAAAGUGUUCCCGGCAAGACGUGCUUUUAAAACGCGACCGGUCCGGCCAUGUCUUCCCCGAUCUCGGCGCCGUUCCGGAUUCUCUGCAUUCACGGUUAUCGGCAGAACGGCAGUACAUUUAGGGAAAAGACCGGAGCUCUUAGGAAGCUGCUGAAGAAACAGGUGGAGUUGGUGUAUAUUGACGCACCACACCAAGUCCCCGGCGAAGGCGCCAUGCAGAAGGCGGGAGAGCAGGAAACUGCCGGUGGCGAAGAGGACCCAAGGGGAUGGUGGUUCUCAGAUGUCCAGGCCAAGAGCUUUGAUGCUGGACAGGAAUGCGAGGCGAGUCUGGGGCUGGAGGAGAGUGUGGAGGCAGUGAGGCAGGCCGUGCAAGACCUGGGUCCCUUCGAUGGGAUCCUGGGCUUCAGUCAGGGAGCCGCCCUAGUGGCAAUGCUCUGUGCACUGCAGGAGCAGGGCAAGCAGCCCCACUUUAAAUUCCGCUUCGCAAUUCUGGUGGCAGGCUUCCGUAGUGCAUGUGCCCAGCAUGGCAAGCUGUACGAGGCGCCGGCCCUCUCCCUGCCGUCCCUGCAUGUUUUUGGGCAAACAGACCGCGUGAUCCCAGAGACCAAGAGCCAAGAGCUGCUCUCGAGAUUUAACCGCCCCCAGGUCCUGACUCACCCCGGAGGCCAUUUUGUACCUGCAGCCUCAGCUCACAGGCAGAUUUACCUGGAUUUCCUGAAGAAGCUCCAGAACGAAGGAGAGAUGGAGUGAAGUACAAAGUAUAAAGCAUGGAUAUGUGGCAGAUAGUGAUGAGUUAUUGGCACACUUGUACAUGAUGGCUUUGUGGUGUGUGACUUCUCUGCAUGAUUGAUUACACAGUACAGGCUGUCGCUUAAUCCAACACAAGUGUAUGAUGGAUGCAGAUGUGGCCUGUGAACCAGCUAGGAAUUCUUGUCUGUGACAAUCUGUUUCCUUCACUGAUAAACCAUUUAAUUCAUAUUGUA